AUGUCGCUCAUAGCUAGCGAUGAAACUCACAUCAAUGUCAACGAAAUCCGGAAGCGAUUUGAGACCAAAGGAGAGAUAACUGACAUUAAUGUAAAUCCCGGCAAACGGCACGCCAUUAUCGGCUAUAAAGAGAUCAGUUCAGCUCAAGAGGCCAUCGAUUACUUCCAUAAGACAUAUAUCUUCACCAACAAAAUCAAUGUCCAAUUGAGCGAUGGUUUAGAUAAGGGUUUUAAGAAAUUCAGCAAAAAUGAGCCGUCGAUUGAGGACCAGAAGACCGACAGAGAGGUCGAGAAACGAGAGAAGAGGGCGAAGAAGAAGAAGGUGUUGACCGAAGAGUUGGAUGAACUCCAGAAUGACCCGGAAUUUGAGGAGUUUAUGCGACUCCAGAGGAAUAUCGAUUCAGGAAAAGGCAAACACAUCUGGAGUAAUGAUAUGGUUAUCGCAGAAAAUCCGGUCCAAAGUGUCGAUAAUGACGAUGAAGUAGAGGUUAAAGAAGAGUCCGAAGGAGAGGCGGCUGAAGACACUGAGAAACCGACGAAGAAUAAGAAGAAAAAGUUCGAGAAAAGUGGACACAAGAAGACUGCGCCCAAAGAAGUGCACGAAUUUGUGGUCAAAUUGAAAGGACUUCCGUAUAAAGUGAAGAAGCGUCAGAUCAAAGACUUUAUUGAACCCUUAAAAGCGUUGAGUCUUAGGUUACCGCCGAAGGUCAAGGGAAUCGCUUACCUGUCGUUCCGGACGCAGAAGGAGUUGACACAAGUGAUGGUCAAACACCGAGGCUUUAUGGACGGCCAUCGCAUUGAGAUAACCAGAAUUGAGGCCAAUAAACCGAAACAGUCGGCCAAUACUACCGGUGCUAAUAAAGCAGAGGCUAAGGAACCCAAAUGGAAGUCCGCAGAGCCGGCGCCCGAAACUAUCGGCGAAUCCGGAAGAAUAUACGUCCGGAACCUGUCAUAUACAUGUGAUGAGGCAGAGCUUCGGGAGCUGUUUGAGAGGUACGGCCAGCUCUCAGAAUUUCAUUUACCGAUCGACUCCUACACGAAGAAACAAAAGGGCUUUGCGUUCGUGUCGUACGUAUUCCCGGAGCACGCGGUCAAAGCGGUGGCAGAGUUGGAUAAAACCGAUUUCAGGGGACGACUCCUGCAUCUGAUUGCCGCCAAACCCAAGCCCGAAGAUUUUGUGCCGCCAUUUGUGGCCGAAAACGAGAAGUCUUCGUACAAGAAGUCGAAGCAAAUGGAGAAGAAAAGUGAGGCUCAGAGCUCUCACCAGUGGAACAGUCUGUUCAUUGGCGCCAACGCCGUGGCCGACAUUAUGGCCAAGAAGUUUAAUAUCAAAAAGUCUGAUCUGUUGGCCGACAGCAACUCUAAGGACAGCGUCGCCGUGCGGUUGGCAUUAGGAGAGACACAGAUUGUGAACGAAAUGCGAGGGUUUUUGUUGGAAAAUGGGGUCCAUUUGAAGGCAUUUGGCGAAACGGGCGGUGAGAGGAGUAAAACUGUUAUUUUAGUCAAGAAUUUACCGGCGAAUACAAAGUCCGAAGAGAUCCGAGCGCUGUUUGAAAAGUAUGGACUCGUUUUAAGAGUGAUUUUACCGCCGAAUGGAGUGACGGCUAUCGUCGAGAUGCAAGAGAUUAACGAAGCGAAGUCGGCGUUCAAUAAGUUGGCUUAUAAUAACUUCAAGCACUUCCCGCUAUACCUGGAGUGGGCGCCCAGUAAUGUGUUUAGGGAUCCGAAGGACACGACGUUAUUCGUGAAGAAUCUGCACUUUGAUACCGUUGAGGAAGAUUUUAGGAAUCAUUUCCAGAAAUGCGGACAAAUAUAUAGCGCUAACAUAGCCUACAAGAAGUCUGCAGAUAAAGUCCUGUCAAUGGGUUAUGGAUUCAUUCAAUUUGUUUAUCAAAAAUCUGCUCAAAAAGCCCUAAAAGAGUUGCAAAACUCAGUACUCGAUGGACACACACUUGAACUCAAAAUAUCCAAUAGGACUUCACAAACAAAACAAAAAACAUAUUCCGGAAGGAAUUCAGAUGAAAGACAAUCUACGAAACAAACGGGAACUAAGAUAUGCGUUAAGAAUAUCCCAUUCGAGGCUACGGUAGACGAUAUCAAAAAGCUUUUCAGUGUUUUCGGUGAACUCAAAGCCGUCAGACUUCCAAAGAAAUUGUCACAAAUCGGAUCUUAUCGAGGAUUUGGUUUCGUGGACUUCGUAACCAAAACUGAUGCAAAACGAGCGUUUGAUGCCUUAUGCCAUUCCACUCACUUGUAUGGCAGGCCAUUAGCUCUGGAGUGGGCCCGAGAUGCCGGCGAUGACACGUCUGACACAGAAGCCCGACGUGUGGCCACCAAAACGGAGCGUUACUUUCAAAAAGCUCUGGAGUGGGCUCGAGAUGCCGGCGAUGACACGUCUGACACAGAAGCCCGACGUGUGGCCACCAAAACGGAGCGUUACUUUCAAAAAGUCGACUGCACCCAAAACUGGAAGAGCUGUCAUCAACAGAUGCACGGCUGCGGCGCUCAAGAGCUGCCGAAUUGUGUAUUGGCAGCGGUAGGACUGGGCUGUUGGGCGCGUUUGGUUGCCGACCCCUGA